ACUAAUAGAGAGCACGUUAUCAGAAGCAGACACAGUGGGAUACACGCACCUAGGUAGCCAUAGCAAGCAUCAGCGUAAACAAGAUCGACAACAGUGCAAGCAACAUCAUCAAUAUCAUCGACAAAUCGAAGUUUCAGAAAUCCGCUGGCUAUGACUGCUGCUGUUGUCGUCCCACUGGGCCUUCUCUUCUUCUCCUCUGGCCUCAUCGUUAACCUCAUUCAGGCAGUAUGCUACGUGUUUGUGCGGCCGGUGUCGAAGAAUUUGUACCGGCGGAUGAACCGGGUGGUGGCGGAAUUGCUGUGGUUGGAACUCGUGUGGAUUAUUGAUUGGUGGGCCGGUGUUAAGGUCCAAGUAUUCACAGAUAGUGAAACUUUUCGUUUAAUGGGUAAAGAGCAUGCUCUUGUCAUAUCCAAUCACAGAAGUGACAUUGAUUGGCUUGUUGGAUGGGUUUUAGCUCAGCGUUCAGGUUGCCUUGGCAGCACUCUUGCCGUGAUGAAGAAAUCCUCUAAAUUUUUACCGGUUAUUGGUUGGUCAAUGUGGUUUUCUGAAUAUCUUUUCCUGGAGAGAAGUUGGGCAAAGGAUGAAAGCACGCUAAAGUCGGGCCUACAACAACUGAGGGAUUUUCCUCUUCCCUUUUGGUUGGCUCUGUUUGUAGAAGGAACUCGCUUUACACAGGCCAAACUAUUAGCUGCUCAGGAGUAUGCAGCCUCAGCUGGAUUGCCUGUUCCUAGAAAUGUUUUGAUUCCAAGAACUAAGGUUGAUAUAUAUAUAUUUCCUGAUUUUUUU